UAUAUUAACCAUCUUGCCUCUUGAACAAAUCACUGUCCUCCAUUUGACACAUUAUGGCCACACCAGCAUCCAUCACCAAUGUCACUGUGGAGUUCCUUCAAUUCCCCGCGGUGGUGACACCUCCUGCCUCUACCAAAUCCUAUUUCCUUGGUGGCGCAGGGGUGAGAGGGUUGAAUAUUGAAGAAGAAUUUGUAAAGUUCACGGGAAUAGGUGUUUAUUUGGAAGACAAGGCCGUGUCAUCACUCGGUGCCAAAUGGAAGGGCAAAAGUGCAGCUGAAUUGCUGGACUCACUUGACUUCUACAGAGAUAUCAUCAAAGGUCCGUUUGAGAAGUUAAUUCGAGGGUCAAAGUUAAGAACAUUGGAUGGUCGUGAAUACGUAAGGAAGGUGUCAGAGAACUGUGUGGCCCAUAUGGAAUCCGUUGGGACUUACAGUGAAGCAGAAGAAAAAGCUAUUGAGGAAUUUAGAAAUGCUUUCAAGGAUCAAAAUUUCCCACCAGGCUCCACUGUUUUCUACAAACAAUCACCCACUGGAACAUUGGGGCUUAGUUUCUCGAAAGAUGAGACAAUACCAGAACAUGAGCAUGCAGUGAUAGACAACAAACCACUCUCGGAGGCCGUUCUGGAGACUAUGAUCGGAGAGAUUCCUGUUUCCCCUGCUUUAAAAGAGAGUUUGGCUACAAGGUUUCACCAGUUUUUCAAAGAGUUAGAGGCCAAUCCCAACAAUGAAAACUGAGAACAAUCUUUAGGGGACAUUGGAAACAGGAACAACAAAAAAAUCCCCACUUUGUUUGAAUUUGUACCCCAUUUAAUAAAUGAGCAAACCAGUUAGAUAAUAAAAUUUAUAAAUUAGAAAAUAAUAUUAUUUCUUAUAAAUA